GUAUAUUUCAAGACCGCAAAAAGUGGGUCACACUAAAUUCCCAAGCAACAACAACAAUGGACCGGCGAGAGGAUGCCCUGCUACAGGCCCUCGAUAAAAAUGCCAGCGAAACGGAGCGCUGGCAGGCCUUCAAGGCCGAUAAUGAAAGCACCAUCCGGAAUUUGGAUAUGUUCGCCAAGAAUCUCAGUGUGGAGGUUAUGGUGCCUAUUGGACGAAAGGCCCUGAUGCCUGGUGAGCUGAUCCACACGAACGAACUUCUAGUGGGUCACUACGAGGGCUACUUCUCCGCAUGUUCCGCCCACAAGGCAAAGGAGAUUUGCCGACACCGCCUGAAACUCGCCGAGGAGCAGCUGAAAAAACUAGAAAUCGAGUCCGAUCUCUGGCAAAAUAAACUUAAUACCCCUUUGACGGAGGGGGCGGUUCCCAGAGGUGAACAGGUGGAAAUUGUGGAGGAUUUCAACGAGGAGUCCCACAGCAAGUGGAUGACGGAGCACAGAGAGCGAGUGCGCCAGCAGAAGCAAAUGGAGCGCAUUAAAAGGCAGGCUGAACCUCCAGGAAGCGACGAUGAAGUCCUACGAAAGUUAGAAGAACGGGAAAUGAUGGAGGAACUAGGUCUAGAUCCUGAUAAUAUCAACCAAGAGCAGCUACAAAAUCUGCUGAAUGAAGAACCGAAGGAAUCAAUUACAAUUACAUCCAAACCCCUAACCGAGGAACAGGAAUCAGAACUCUGGAAGAAGCUGGAAGCUGCGGAGCAGAACGAAACCGAAGACUUAAGCACAGAAGCCGAAGAAAGCCUGAGAAGUACGGAUAACUUAGUGCGUCAACUUAUGUCUGGAGAAGCAGAAACUCUCUCUACUAAAAAACGAAUUGGAGGGGUCAAAAAACCUUUGGAAAUAGAGGAACGUGUACCAGACGAUGACGAUGAUGAUGGUGACCAGGAAGAAGUGGUACAAACCAUACGGGAACAGAUGUCCUUGCUGCCAAGCGAAGAGCGUGAGUCUUUCCUCAGGGACCAACUGCAGGUGCUCAAAGCGAAAAUGAGAAAGAUACAAAAGGUGAACUUUAUAAGCGACGAGCUGAUACACUUGAUGAAUGUCGUGGUUAUGCUGGAGGAUGAUUUGCAGGACCUGAUAUUCGAUCAGGAGCUGGAGGCCAGCGAGGAAGAAGAGGUCGAUGAAAACGAACCCCCAGCGAGCCAUACUGAGGAACCUAAAUUAGUACCUGAAGCUAGCACAAACAAACGACGCAUUUCAUUUGCUCUUGCCGAUGAAAAGUUGGAGUUUAGGCGGGAGGAAACCGUGGCGGAGAUGUUGCCCAAUGCUCGAAAGAACUCCAAGGAUAUUAUAAAGCUGGACGAACCUGUCCAGGCACUGUCAGAGGUGCAAAAGGCAAUAGUCAGUAAAAAGGACACUAAAACAAACUCGGAUAUCCUUCAAAAAGUAGAAAGAAACAUUGAGUUCGUUAAAGAGAAUCAGAGCGUCCAGGACUUUGAUUUACUUAAUCGAAUUUUGGAAGAGUCCACUGGACUCAUUAACACUUUACAUAUUAGUUUCACACAUUCCAAUGCCGUGCCUUCUCCCAAAACAGACCCAGAUGAUGCCAUACCGGUUAGCCCAGCGGACUUUUAUGAUAAAUAUGAGAAGAACUUGUCACAGCGCAAUCAUUCGUUUCCUAUUUAUGUAAAUGGCUUCGAGGGGGAGGAGCAGGUUAAAGUGCCCAUUAUGAGCGAGGCUUCACGUGGAUCGGCCUAUGAAGAUCCUAGAAGUCAGUUCUCCAAAAUAACUUAUUCUGAAGAAAAGUCUUCUGAGACGGAAGCAAUCACAAAGUCAAUACUGCGAAAUAAAGCGGCUGUGGAGUUGGAACCGCACGUCGUUAAUCAGCAGCCGAAAAAGGGCAGGAAGGGACGGAAAAAUAAGAAGAAGGAACGCACCCUAGAAGACGAUCUGCGCGAUAUGAGUGCAUACCAAAAGGUCAUGCACGAUCUCGUGGAGAAGGAGCCCACGGCACCGGAGCCUCUGCCGCAGGGCAAAUUCAUCGACUCGCAUGCGCCCAAGAAGCGGGUUAGUCGCUUCAAGGCACAGCGGGACCUCAACAAAAUGUAGCGAAGAGUAAAACUUCAGCCUGGAAUUACUAGUAUAUUUGUUUAAGUUUAAUGUGGAUUUGUAUUACAAACACAACGCAAACAAUAAACAACUACUGGUGGGGUGUA